AUGGACAACCUCACCCCCUCGGACCUCUUCUCGCCUUCAAAGGCGCGCCAGCAACGCGCACAAGCUCAGGACUGGGCGUACAUUGACUCUUGGCUGUCGUACAAGUAUGCGGGUCGUACAGUGCCGACGUUCGAGCGCAAUGAGGAAACGCUCAAAGUACUCCGCGAGCUGUCCAUGGCAAACGAGAGGGCAGAUGAGGAGAAGACGGUGAUGGAACGCUUGGAAAGGGAGGCAUUAAAGGAGCUGGAUGAGGUCCAAAGGAACGAGGACGACGAACAGAUACUGUCUAGACUGAAAGCGAGCCUUACCCCCGAAGGCGAACAGGCACUUGAUGCCCUUGCAUCUACAGCUGUAGCUCUCAACACGCCCACCGCCAACCCUGAGAGGAUUGCGCACGCUCUCAUACAGCACACGAUCGCCUCUCAGCAGUUCACGAAUCAGCUGGCGCAUAUUCAAGCACUACAGAAUUACCUAGACAAACAGCAAGCUCUCCUUCGAACCCAACUCCACGAGCUCCAGACGAAUCCCGCCUUCGCAACGCCGUCGAGCCUCCAGCGCCAGACGACAGAACAGACGCGCCAGGUUAAGCACCUACGUACCAAGAUCCGCGAACACGAAGACAAACUGUCAUCCCUCCAAUCGUCGCAGUCGCGAAGCAUGACGCCAGGAUCGAAGAACAUUGGAUCCGCGGAGGCUAUAACCGACAUGCUGGAACAACAGAAGGCCCUGGAUGAGCUGCGAGAACGAGUCGAGGGCGUGGAGAGGCAGGUUGCCGAGUUUAGUGGCUUGCCUGCAGACAAGGAGGCUGCUAGGAAAGAAGUGGGCAAGCUAGAAGUCAGGCUCGACGAGUUACGCAGGAGGAGGGAUGAGUUGUUCGAGGGGAUGGUGGGACAGUAA